CGAAACAUCAACAUGGGCGUCCUGCUGCAAGAUGCUGCCCCUGCGCUUGCGGUUGCCGUUGUGUCGCUCAUUUUGUACGUGGGCUUCCGUGCGCCGUCCGUGCGCGUCCUCUUCUUCAGCGCCAUGGCCUACAUCAAGGGCGUGCCAAUUGUGUGGAUCGACGCACCAGCCCUCGCAGCGAAAGCACUCAAGGCAUCGUCAUCCAAAGGCAUCUUUCUCGAGCGCAUCUUGUCCGAGCCCGCGUGGCUGCCCGUGAUCUCACUCGAGUCGGUCGAUGAUCCGCAGUGGAGCAUCAUGAAGAACAACCUGACGCUGCUAAUGAAGGCGCUACCGUCGGCCUCUGUCCUCGAAACCAUCACGAUGCGCAUCACCGACAAGUACCUCGCGGACCACGACGUCUUGGACUCGAACGGCGUCGUGUACAUUACGGUCGCUGCGUUUUACGAGUGGAUCUUUGCCAAGGCCUUCCCGGCCGACGCGACCUUUGUGUGCGACUCGACGUGGGAGUGGCGCAAAGAGCUCGCGCUCAAGGGCAAGGGCGACAUGGCGCUCAAGCAACGCGUCGUCGACUGGAUCAUCGAGCAAGUCAAGGCAACCCCCGCGAUCUACGGCCUGUUUGGUGCACAGUGGGAAGAACCCGAGUACUUUUCGCUCUUGUUGCAGCCCUUCUUCCUCUCGCCCGCGAUCAACGUCUCGGACGUGGCCGUCACCAUGGGCUCGCUCGUGCACUGCCAAGGCCUCGUCGACGAGAGCAUCUCGGACAUGAUCAACAAGGCGCUGGAUAUGGCGCACCCGUUUGUGAUCGUCGAGCGCUUCCUCGAGCACGGCCUCAAGACGGACGACAUCACAAUCGCACCGGGAACACACGUCUUCAUCCCGAUGGACAUCAUGACGAGCGACAAUACCAUUCGGUUUGGAGCCGGCGCGCGCAAGUGCCCCGGGCAGAUCCAGGGUAUGGCGCUCAUGCUCGGCCUCUUCCAGAAGCACGUGCUGGAAAGCCCCAAGUUUCAGCCGGCGCUCCACCACAAGUAUUCGGGGCGCGACCAAGAUGGCCAAGAAACACUUUCCGAGCUGCUGUACCAAGUCGCCCUGAUUGCGUCUGUUUUUUGGACGGCGCUCACACACCGUUUUUUAUAACGUUUCCAAUGCACGCACCACCGCAUCACGCCA